UGGAAUGUGUAUAGGGAUUGGACUUGUUGGGGGGGUACCCCUCGGUCUAAUUUCUUGCUGGGUAUAGAAAGAAUUGUAGAGGCAGUGAUAUGCAUCAGCGCCGCGCCUUCAAACACAGAUUGGAGUCUAUGGAUUGUUCUGAGUUCUGGCUGAGGUAUGUGUACUCAUAGACCCUCCAGGUUUCAUCUCCAGGUACAUGUACACAUGGUGGAGAGUGUAAAGCCUGAAACGGAGCAUGCCAUACUACGGCUGGUGUAGCACGCAGAACGAUAUUACACGAAACAGUCGUCUAUAUUUCAUCUAGAUAGUCGGGUAAAUUCACCAGUGACUUGUUUUUUGUGCGAUGUCAAGUGUUCCCAGACCUGCGACGAUUAUGUGACGUCAUAUAAAACAAGCUGCUGUGUGUCAGUAUGUAGAUUUGUCCAAUGCUAGUGUGGACGUGUAGAUGUGAUCGUGGAGAAAUUCGUUAUUUCACCGUUGAAUAAUCUGUAAUCGCAAAAAUUGAUGUCGCAGAGAGCAUCUCGGAAUGGGUGGAACAGACUCAAAGCUGAAUUUCAGGAAGGCUGUGGUACAGCUGACCACGAAAACACAGCCCGUUGAAGCAGGGGACGAUGCAUUCUGGGACCAAUUCUGGGCCGACACAGUGACCAGUGUGGGAGAUGUAUUUGCCCUCAUCCCAGCCGCUGAGAUCCGAGCCCUGAGGGAGGAGUCACCGUCAAAUCUGGCCACGUUGUGCUACAAGGCGGUUGAGAAGCUGGUGUCGGCCUCUGAGGGCGGCUGCGCUCUUGCUAAGGACCAACAGGUGGUGCUGAACUCUGUCCGUCUGCUGACCCGCAUCCUGCCUUACAUCUUUGAGGACCCUGACUGGCGUGGCUUCUUCUGGUCCACCCUGCCUGGACAGUCCUAUGGUAUCGAGGGGAUGGAUGACAUUAGCGAUGAGGAAUCACUCCCUUUGGCACAGUCUCUCCUCAAUGCUAUUGCUGAUCUUCUCUUCUGUCCGGACUUUACGGUGGCUUCCACCACAAAGAAAUCGGGACCGGACAAUCACGAAGAUCUUCAGUCCAUCGACAGCUGCGAGUACAUCUGGGAAGCCGGGGUGGGCUUUGCUAACUCCCCUCCCCAGUCGGCCCUGCUGGACCAGAAUCGGACCGAGCUCCUCAAGCUGCUUCUGACCUGCUUCUCAGAGACUAUGUACCUGCCCCCUGUCAGUGAUGCUCACUCUCAACCCAAUCAAUGGAUCAGCUACUUUUGCUCAUCAGAUAACAGGCACGCUCUGCCUCUCUUUACCUCCCUCCUGAACAUCGUCUGUGCCUACGAUCCCGUGGGCUACGGCGUGCCCUACAACCACCUCCUCUUUGCUGACAAUCGGGAGCCUGUUGUGGAAGUCGCGGCCCAACUCCUGGUGGUGACGCUGGAUCACGACAACGUGCACGGUCAGGUGCCACCCACUGUCGAUGCAGCAGACGAGGGGAAUGAGGGUGGUGUAGUGGAGAACCUAUUUGUGAACUACCUGUCCCGAGUGCAUCGUGAGGAGGAUUUCCACUUUAUCCUGAAGGGACUGACCAGGCUGCUCAACAACCCUCUCAUUCAGACAUACCUGCCAGGGUCCACCAAAAAGAUCGCCUUCCACCAGGAGCUGUUGGUCCUCUUCUGGAAGAUGUGCGACCACAACAAGAAGUUUCUGUUCUAUGUCCUGAAGAGCAGUGACGUAUUGGAGGUGCUGGUCCCAAUCCUCUACCACCUGAACGAUGCCAGAGCAGACCAGUCCCGAGUUGGCUUGAUGCACAUAGGGGUCUUCAUUCUGCUGCUGUUGAGCGGGGAGCGUAACUUUGGCGUCAGGCUCAACAAGCCCUACAGUGUUCGAGUGCCCAUGGACAUUCCCGUAUUCACUGGUACACAUGCCGACUUCCUCAUCAUUGUUUUUCACAAGAUCAUCACCUCUGGCCACCAAAGACUUGCUCCAUUGUAUGAUUGCCUGCUCACCAUUAUUGUAAAUGUGUCCCCGUACCUGAAGAGCCUGUCCAUGGUCUCAGCCAACAAGCUGCUCCACCUGUUGGAAGCCUUCUCCACCCCAUGGUUUCUCUUCUCCAAUCCUGCUAACCACCAUCUGGUCUUCUUCCUCCUGGAGGUCUUCAACAACAUCAUACAGUAUCAGUUUGACGGCAACUCCAAUCUAGUCUACACCAUCAUCCGCAAGCGCAACGUGUUCCACCAGCUGGCCAACCUGCCCUGCGACCAAGCCUCCAUCUCCAAGGCCCUGGCCAAGCGAGGGCGCAAGACCAAUCCCACCCCACCGACAGACGACGUGGUACCCACCACCAUGGAGGGGGCCCUGCCGCCCGUCGACGCUGAGCCGGGCACCCUCAAGGCCUCGCUCCUGGCCACCCCAGGUCUUGGUUCCAUGACUGAGACAUCCAAAGUCACCCCCUCUGGAGAGGUGCUGAGCACUGGGCCGGGCAACGCGGUCAAAGCUGACGGUACCUCCACCGCUGGGGCGACAUCACAGGGAGCCAGCGACACGGAGAGCAUCGCAACUGAUGACAAGAAGGCAGCAGCAGAAGGCGGAAGCCCCCUGGGGUCGCCCUCGCCCACGGGACCGAUCGGCUCCCAGGCUGUCCCCAUCGGCUCCCAGCCCGAGGCUGUGGAGCACCGGGCCCUGGCCAUGCAGAGGACUUCCUCGGUGUCUAGUACAGCGGCCAGCAGCACUAGUGGGGACUGGAGACCGAGUCCUGAUUGGGUUCAAUCUUGGAAGCAAAAGCUGCCACUGCAGACCAUCAUGCGUCUGCUACAGGUCCUGGUACCGCAAGUGGAGAAGAUCUGCAUUGACAAGGGCCUCACCGACGAGACUGAGAUACUGAAGUUUCUUCAGCACGGUACGCUGGUGGGCCUGCUGCCGGUACCCCACCCCAUUUUGAUCCGCAAGUAUCAGGCCAACAGUGGCACCACUCUGUGGUUCCGCACCUACAUGUGGGGAGUCAUCUACCUCAGGAAUGUGGACCCGCCGAUUUGGUACGAUACAGGCGUCAAGCUGUUUGAGGUCCAACGAAUUAAGGACAGCUAGGAGAGACCAUUCGUGCAUUCCGUUCUUUAUGCAUUGUAACUCUAAGGUGGAUCUUAUGUCAUUGCCUAUUGGUCAAUGAAAGGCUGCGCUUACUUGGACAGGAAUCCGUUGCUAGCCUGGUGUGCGUUUCAUCUUGCUAAUGCUAACUUGCGGUCACAAUAUUUAUCAUGAAAUCUACUUGGGGAGUUAGAUUUGUGCUAUUCUUAGUGCUUAUUUGCUCGUAUUCACGGGAAAUGAGCACAGAUUCUGAUUCUAAAGAAACUUAUGAGGGCUCGGCAAUGCUUUCAAAUUUUGCCCUUUGGUGUAAGGGCCAGUUACAGAGCUACGGAGCCCACAAACCUGCUGAGAACAAAUACACGCUUUGCAGAAAACCAGUUACCUGUUAAAGCAUCAUAUAAUGUCUCAUAUGUGUAACUGGUGUGCAUUUUUAUAAAAAUAUUAAGCAGGAUGUGUUACGUAGCAAAUUUGUGCAUCAAGCAAAAAAUAGGCUCAUGACCAAUCAAACAACAUAUCUUGCAUAGGUAGUAGUCUGGGUGGUAACCUUUUUUGCUAAGCACAAAUUUUCAGUGCUUAUAGAAUUUGUGUGUUUUAUUAGCACUGUGUGGCUGCCCCCCAAGGAUCCCAGCUAAUUUUUGCUUAGUCUGUAAAUUCACAGGGUACUACUUCCUGCCUCGGCUCCAGGACAUUGUAGCCAGGCCUGGACUGAUUUUUUGGAGCUGUCAAAGGCAUAAAGUUGCUUAGCGCAGAAAAUGCUUGCUUAGCUAAACACUAUUUCAUUUUUAAAACUCACCAGCUCAGAAAAAAACUGGUUACCACCCAAAAUGCCAGGAAAUGUACAGUGCUUUGUGGCUGGUUCUCUGCAGAGUUUUUGUUCUGUAGGCUGUAUCCGAAAUUGCAUGGCUGUGGAUUGAAAUACCACAAGUUUCUGGUUGAUUGAGGAAUUCACUAACUUAUCUGUAGUCCCAAGCCACAGCCAAGCAGUUUGUGGCACGGCCAUACACACUCGGCUCUCCAAAGAUGUUCCAUUUUUACAGCACCUCUGUUAAAUUUGUUCUCCGAGUCACGUUGAAAGCUACUUGAAAUUGGUCAAACCUUGUAUGAUGUUAGGAGCAAUUGUAGUUGUUCCAACUGUGUCUGUGCAUUGAGGUUUUAUGUAAAAAACACCACUACAGUGUCUUCUUUUUGUGCAAUUUUCUACUAUCUUUCUUGAACACUUACAAGUUUGGUAGUGAACUUGAUUCCUCAUAGAUUGAAAAACUUGUAAACUUGAAUAAGUUGGUUCAAAGAGAACGGUAGAAUAUCUGGACGUGAACAUCAAAUAUUGAUGAUGUAUAUGAAUUAAUUGGAUUUAGUUUAAUUAAUAUUAAUAUUUGUACUACUAACAAGUGACUGAUAACAGUUUCAGUUGUACAUAUCUUCGGUCCAAAUACUAAAAUACUGACCACAUUUUCCCUUUGAUAGGAGAAUCUUUCCUCUGGUGAUGGCAGUUUGUAAGAUCGUUCAGUAUGUUCAUUGUAGGGAAGAUAACAACACAUGGCCUGUCCUUUGGAAGGGCCAUGUGAGAAGCAGCCAUAUUAAAGGACAACAACGGGCAUCAGCCUGUCGUGUUUAUUCCCUGUGCUGAGCAGGAACUUCACUUAGGCAUCGGAGGCAGCUGCGUUGAUGCUGCUCGUCUUUGCCUCAAUGCCCAUUGAAAUGUCCCCACAGACAAGUUGAUUUGCUAAGUGCAAGCGCCCUUUGCAAAUGAGGCUUUGCCUGCUUUCAAGAACGAAGUUCCCGCCCUGCCUGUGAUAGCCUGGGCCAUGCCGUAAUUCAGAAGAUGGUCACAGCCGGUCAGGCAAACAGUUGGAGAGAUAUUUCCUUUCUCUGUUGUGGGGGAGGGGGGAUGAUUUGAGUAAAAUGUGCACAAAUGUGGUGCAUCAAGUGACAAAUCUGCAGCAUUUU